CUGACCAUAUGAUCUCGAUAUGUAUUAUGGUCUAGGAUAUUGUGAAGUCUGUGGAAGAAUCAGGAUGAUUUGUUAGUGAGUUAUCUGAGUCAUCGAGAACAGAACGAAUACCCUGAUAUAUAGAGAAUUGCACGCACAGCAAGAUUUCUCUCUAUCACCAAAGACUUAACAAAUUGUAACGAUACAUAUACUAAAGAAACGAGGUUUGAUACGUUUGACAGUAUUUACUAUUAUUACGAGAGACUUUUCUAUCCGCUGCACGUACGGUUAAAAUGGUGAAACUAUAUGCUCUAACAAUUUUAUAUAAAAACCCUACAUCGGUGACGCAGUUGGCAGUUGCUUAUGAUGUAGAGUCAUUUUCAUUCUUUCAGAAAAACAGUAUUAAGGAAUUCAUGGGCUUUGUCAGUAAGACUAUUGUGGAAAGAACGCAGACAAGUGCUAGGCAAAGUGUCAAAGAAGGAGAGUACAUGUGCCAUGUGUACGUGCGUGCCGAUAAUCUAGCCGCAGUUCUCAUCUCGGAUCAUGAGUAUCCUAGGAGAGUCGCUCACACUUUGCUCACGAAGGUGAUGGACGAUUUUGCGACGAAGCACCCGCCAUCAACGUGGCCCACGUUGCGGGAGGUCACAUCUGAUUUUCGACAAAUUAAUACGUAUCUAGCCAAGUAUCAGAAUCCGGUCGAGGCGGACGCGCUCACCAAGAUGCAAAACGACCUGGACGAGACGAAAAUUAUCUUGCACAAUACGUUAGAGGCGGCACUCCAGAGGGGUGAAAAACUGGAUGAUCUAGUCGCCAAGUCGGAGGGACUCAGCGCUCAGUCAAAGGCGUUUUACAAAACCGCGCGAAAAACCAAUUCCUGCUGUAGUUUAGCUCCUUAGAACGUUAAUUUUUUUUUUCUUUUACGCGCGUGUUUCAGCGCCCCGCCGCUUCAAUAUUUCGCGAUAAAUGUGACUUUGUAACCUUAACUGAAAUGUUAUUUAUAUGAUUCACGGAAAAGAUGAAAGAGUGGAGCAGGAAGAAGAAGAAUUUAACGAGCGAAGAGAGAUUAUAACAAAGUAUCUAUAUCAAUUGAUCGAACGUAUUAAGAUUCCUGAUCCCUCGCUGUAGUUAUAUUGAAUUAGGAGAUCAGAAGCGAGUGAUAACUUGCGAGAAGAAACAGAUUUACUUCAAUAUAUAGAGUAAAGAGAAUAAAAAAAAGUUGUUCAACUUCUCGCUUCUGAUUUCUAAGCAGGAACCUCUUCUGAAUUCCCGACUUUUCAAGGGGCAUAUAAGAAACUGCCGAUUCCUUCAAACUAAGUGGAAUUUUGUAAAUGGAUGUUACGCGCCCGUAGAUUCAUCUACUGCGAGAAACGGUCCUAAGUAAUUGCGGUUACACAUGAGAAUUAUUUCCUUGACGUGCUUCGUACAAGAAGAUAUGGACUGUAAUUGAAUUCAUGUAAGAUAAAAGAAAAUUCGAGUGUUGAACUGUGUCAAAUGCCGCCUUAAACACAUUCCGAAUGUAUGUGUACUCUUUUUAAAAAGAAUGCGAUUGCAAUUGUGCAGAUAUGAUGCGAUAAGAUAAUUUAAAUAUUGUCGAUUGGAUCGAUCGAUAUUUGUAUUUGAGUGACUAGUUUUCAAUUUGUCUAGUAUGAUUAGUAUGAAGUAAAAAACUUGCGUGAAUUUCGCAAGAUAUAGUUGACCUUUCGUUUUCAACAAACGAAUGACAUUUUGGUAAUCGCUCUGCAAUAAUUUUACAUUUAUAAUCUCGCAAUUUUGCUACUACCGUUACAUUGGAAAAUCAUCCAUGUUGUUGUAUAACUCCAAAGAGGUUUGUUUAAAUAAUUUGUCUGAUACAUUUGCAAGGUAAAUCUUAUUCUUUUUUAUAUAGAUUAUUGUAUUAAUAGAGACCAUAAAUACAAGAAAUGAAUAUUAUCGAUGUCUAUUACGUUAUAUAUUACAUCAAAUCAAUAAAUAAAAUUGAGAUUAUUUGUCGUCUGAAUUUCAACGUGAAAGACUUCGACAAUGUGUCUUAACAAAAAAAAGAAAGAAAAAAAAGAGAAGAAAAUAAUACACGAGGAAGGUAAAGGUCCUUACAUUUCUGGGCAAAAGAGGAAGAUGAUUCGAUGAAGGUUCUAAGAUGCGGAUCCUAGCGCGUAGUAGAUAGAAAAAGCAUUAUUGGUGUCUGCAACGAGCUCGGGGCCCUCGUUUUAGGCUUUUAUUGAUCAGUUUCUUUUUUAUGAAAAAAAAAAUGAUAUAUUCUGUGUAUGAUAUUUAAGUGACCACAUUGUAAUCUUUAUACUAUGUAUGUUGAAAAAUGUCACACGUGAGGCAGUAAAUAUAUUAAUAUAUUUUCAAAUCAUGUUAAUGUUA